CAGCCUUUGGAGUGGGGCUGGCUGACUCUUUGCUGUGUAUCCAGCUUUGCUUCCGGAAACUCCCGGAGAAACGGAAACUCCGUGGCAGGAGCAGCAGAGGCGCCCGCUCCCCGCGGGGACCGGCUGCCGCUGGGAGCGGUAGUUCCCGUCCCGUCGCAUCCCUGCCUCCGGGCCACCGCGCUUCCCAGGGCUCUGCGCGGGGACGGGCUUGCCGGGCGGGAUGAGCCGCGGUGAGAGCCGUGGCCUCCGGGGACGUGGGACGCUGCGGGCAGGGGUCCGGGAUGCUGCGGUGAGGGAUGGCCCGGGCAUGGCCCAGGGAUGCUGUGGGCGCCGUGGCAACAGGCUGUGGAAGUGGGGAGCAGGAGGCUGCGGCGGCGCUCGGCUCAGCAGGAAAGGGAAAUCCGUAACAGCGGAUCGGUCACCCGUCCUCGCCGGCGAGUAGGAGGUUCCCGGGCCGGGGAGCAGCGGCGUUGAGCCCCUGCGCCGCGCCGGCGGGGCGCGGGAAGGCCUGGAGGCCUCCGAUGGCUGCAAAAUCCAGGAAAGGUCUAAGAGGCUCCGUCGACGACGUGCUGGGCGACCUCCUCGGAUACGACGAUGAAACCCCGGUUAAACCUGCCAGAGCUUCCCAGCUGGCCGGGGGCAGCGGUGGGAGAGCCAGGGGCACCGGCUCCCCUGCCGGCAAGAAGUCCUUCCUGGAGGAUGAUUUCUUCACCAAACUCCCUGCCGAGGACAUUGAAGCUGCAGAGGGAUCCGAUGUCUCAGACGCCGACCCGCAGGCUGUGCUGCAAACCCUGAAGGACAUGGAUGACAUGGAAGCGGAUCUCCUGGGAAUAUCAAAACCCAGUUCAGGGCCAGGGAAAAUGCCUGUGAAAGGCCCUGAGAAAGGCAACCCUGUGGGAGCAGUAAAAACUGCAGGGAAGCUGCUAAUUCCUGAGAAGAAAGGGGAGUCCACACCUGCGAUGGAGAAGAAGCCACUCUCAUCUCCCCCUGCUUCCCGGCAGUACAAGAAGUUUAACCUUGAAGAUUUAGAUGAUCCUUUGGCAGGGCUUUUAUCUAAUGAAGAACAAAAUGCUCCCAAGAAGCCAGCCCCAUCCAGCACUGAAAAUAGCUCUGUGAAAAAACUAGAACUGAGCAAAGAGAAAGAGGUGCCGGCACCCCAGCCGCCUCGGCACACCACAGGCCCUGGCCGCAGGAGGGAGGAGCUCACAUUUGAGGAUGAUGGCGAUGACCUGAUGGACGCACUGGGAUUUGGCGAUGGCCCAAAAGGAGACCCAAAGCAGGGCAGGAAGGGAAACAAGGACGAGCUCCGUCCAGCCCGCUCCAAGCUGGACGAGUUACUAGGACGGGGCUCCGCAGCCAAAGCUCUGGAGCGGCCAGGCACAGGAGAGCGCAGGGAGUUCAAGCUGGAUACGAAAUACCAAAAGCAGCCAGAGAAGGAAGAGCCUGGGGACGAGGAGGACUUCGUGUUCGGGGCGUACCAGCCCACGGUGGCCUCGGCGCCUGAGGGCCGGCCGGCGCGGAGGCAGCCCGCAAGCAGGUUUUCGGCCGAGAGCAGCGGUGAAUCGAAGCCGGACCCACGCGUCAAGCCCCCUCCUCCUCCAACCGGCAGGAGCCCCACGCGGGGCAGCAGGGCAGGCGGCAACUGGCUGGGCUUGAAAGACGAGGAUUUUCUGGACUCGGACCCUCCGUCUCCAGCGCAGGCCGAUGCCGCGGGGAGCUGCCCGAGCCCCGCCGUGGCCAGGCGGCCUGACCCCGCUAGCCAGCUCCUGGCUGCGGAGGAGCCCGCAGCCAAACCCAACGUGCUGGAGGAGGACAACUGGCUGAGCACCGCCUUGUCUCGCAAGAAAGCCCAGGCGCAGGUGAAGGUGCAGGAGAGAGGUGCUGAGACCUCGGAGAUGCUGGACAAAGGGCUGGAUCUUCACCCGGCCACCAGCCAGCCAGCCACCUCCGCAGGCGCAGCGCCGCAGGCAGCCGCUCUGCAGGACAAGAUGGCAAGGGCAGACAGCUCUGGGCACCCUGUUCCCCAGCUCAGCACCCCCAGGACAGCCCCAGCUCUCCCACCAGAGUCCAGAAAGGAAGAUUCCUCCAGAGACGCCAGCACCGUGGGUGCGUUUCAAGGGGCAGCUCCUGCAGCCUUAUUUCCAGGACAGCAGGAGAUGCCAGACCCUGCCUUGCUCUCUCAGGCUGCCAUCCCCAGGACACAUCUUCUAGCAGCACCACAGCUGCAGUCCUCUCUCUCCAUCCCACAGACCGAGCUGCUAGCCCUGGGCUCACUGCAUGUGAAGGGACCGGGGCCUCCUGCAGCCCAGCAGUCCGAGGAUGGGGCAGGCUGUCAGGUAGCGCUGCUCAGUGCCCAGGCCCGUGUGGCAGAGCUGGAAAGCCAGGUCCGGACAUUAGAGUUGGAGCGGACGCAGCAGAAGCUGUUGCUGGAGAGUCUCCAGCAGCGACACCAGGAGGACUUGAAUCUCCUCGAGAGUGCACACAGGAGCCGGGUGAAGGUGGUGGAGGAGACCUACAGGCAGCGUGAAGAGCGGCUGCAGCAGGAGAAGGAGCAGCUAGCGGCGCAGCUGGUGUCGCAGAGCCAGGCCGCGGAGCAGGCGCGCGCAGAGCUGCUGACGCGGCACCAGCAGCAGCUGGCGGCACUGGAGCAGCAGAACGCGCAGGAGCUGCAGCGCCUGCGGGAGCUGCAGAGGACAUCUGUUCAGGAGAUGCGCAAAGACCACGAAGAGCAGCUGCAGCGGCUGAAGAGGCUGAAAGACCAGGAGAUCGACGCUGUGACCAGCGCCACUUCACACACCAGAUCUCUAAAUGGCGUCAUCGAGCAGAUGGAGAAGUUCUCCAGUGACCUACACGACCUCUCACACCGGGUAGAGGCCACACACCACACCACCUCCCAGGAGCUGGCUGUGGGGGCCCAGCAGCGCGACAAGCAGCUCAAGUUGCUCCAGGACAGGCUGUCACAGCAGCAGAGGGACAUGGAGGAAGAGCGGAGCCGACUCCAGGAGGUUAUCGCUAAAAUGGAGGCAAGGCUGGGUGAGCAGACUCGGCUGCUGGAGCAGGAGCGGUGGAGGGCAACAGCAGAGCAAUCCAAGGUGGAAUCGCUGCAGCGCUCACUGGAGGAGCAGCGGAGAGUUAUGACCCAGCAGCUCUCCAUGGAGCGGGCAGAGCUGGAGAGGGCAAAGAGUGUGUUGCUGGAGGAGCAGAAGUCGGUGAUGCAGAAGUGCUCGGAGGAGCGCCGGAAGCUGUCGGCUGAGUGGGCCGAGUUUCACACCCGGCAGCAGCUGAGCAAGGAACGGCUGGAGCGCGACAUGGACUUGGCCCAGCAGAGGGACUCCCAGAGAGAGGGCACCAUCAUGAGCCUCGCCAAGGAGCAGGCAGAACUGAAGAUCCGGGCCAGUGAGCUGAAGGCCAGGGAGGAGCAGCUGGUGAGGGACAGAGAGUUGCUGGACCAGGCCUGGCAGGAGCUGAGGUUGGAGAAGGAGAAGGUGAACAGUGCUGCACUGCGCAUCCGGAACCGAGUAGAGGAGAUCGACACCAUGAGCAAGCUCUCAGCCCAGAAGUGCGAGGAAGGCGAGCGAGCGCUGCGGGAGGCCCGCAGGGUAGAGUCCGAGCACCAGGCCAGACUGCGGGUUGUGCAGCAGCACCUGGAGCAGCUGAAACAGCAGGAGCAGCGUCUGCACCAGGAGCGGCUCAGUAUGGCUCUCCAGAGAAGUCAGCUCCAGCAGCUACGUGAGGAGCUGCCGAGCAACCCCGUGGUCCAGGAUGUCAGCGCUCCUGCCAAGGUCCUCUCCGGCACACUCUGCUUUCCACCUCCCAUCACGACGUUCCCUAGGUACAACCCAGGCGGUAGCAGGGACAGCCUGGGCAUUACAGGCCCGUCAGAGCUCUACGCCAAACUGCUGCUCCUGAAGCACAGGGCUGAACAGGAUCGUGAUUUCUUGGAAGAUGAGCAGUUCUUCCUGGAGACCCUGAAGAAGGCAUCCUACAAUGCUUCAUCCCUGUCAGCCUGAAGGGAGGCAUCCCCACAUCUCCCCAAGGGACUGGCUACUAUCUGCCCUUGGGACAGGCUGCUCUGCCAGGCUCAUGGGGACAAAAUAAAAACAAGCAGUAAAUAA